AUGCCGAAACUACAGCUAGUUGUCACCGAGUCACCGCGCAUCGUGAGGCCAUCCCGCCGGCGCUCUGUCGAAACCUCCCUUCGCUCCAUCUUUCUAUCCGGCAACAGCUCUGCCUUAAACAACCGCCAUCUUUUACCCCCGACUUCUUCAAAGUCCCUCCAACUCAUCCCAUCAUACCAGCGUCACUUUUCCUCGGUAUCCUGUCGGGCCUCAUCUCCUCUAAUACAAAAGCACGCCCUUAUCCUCCGGCAAAGCAGCUCUGUGAAGCGUCAGGAGACUGCACCUGGAACAACCCCGAUAAGGCAUAAUGGAGUCUACGUAGCCACAUUCAAUCCGGCUCGACGGGCAUUCCAUCAGACUGCAGUUGUGAAGAAAGAUCAUCAUUUUGAUACGCUCAAGGUUGUGCAACGUCUAAAGAAUGAAGGGUUCAGCGAAGAGCAAGCCGUCGCCCUUAUGAAGGUUAUGGCAGAUGUCAUUGAAGAGUCGAUGCAGAACCUCACACGGGCAAUGGUAUCAAGAGAAGAUGCCGAACGUUCCGCGUAUACCCAAAAAGUGGACUUUGCGAAGCUCCGCUCCGAACUGUUAAAUUCGGAUUCAACAGAGGCACAGCUCACCCGCUCAUCACAUGAUAAAAUUGCAGGAGACCUAGCCAAACUUAACUCUCGAUUAAGAGAUGAAAUAGGCCGAACUCAGGCUUCCGUUCGACUAGAUCUGAACCUUGAGAAAGGAAGGAUCCGGGAAGAAUCUAAUGGACAAGAGAUGAGGAUAAAAGAAACAGAGACCAGGAUCGAACAGGAAGUAGCUGGUGUUAGGGAGAGAGUUGAGGCCGUAAAGUUCUCAACUCUUCAGUGGCUAAUGGGUGUAUGCACUGGUACAGCGGCUUUGAUACUCGGUGCCUGGCGUCUGUUGAUGUAG